AUGAGCUUCUUGGCUAAGUUACAGCAGUUGAAGCAGACCACUAAGAUUAAUGAACCGAAUCAUUCCGCAAACCAAAAUAAAGCUAAAUCUCUUCAAUCUGAAGAAAAACUACUUCCCAAGGAUUACGUUCGUGAAGUUGACCCGGCUAUUCAAAGAUUAAAGGAAGCGCGUAGGUUGAAGCAAGGUAUAUCAUCCACAUCGACUAAACCUGCUGCUAAGGCCAGGCAUAAAGCGUCAUCGCCGAAGGAUGAGGCUCCAAUUUAUAAGAAAAAACCUGGUGUCAAUACCACAAGCGGAAAGUAUCCUGUCGUGGUACCGAAAAGGGAGCCAAUCAAGAAACUAUCGUUUGAUGAAUUAAUGAAGCGAGCAGAGCAGAAGUCUAGGGAAGGACCAAAGGAAGACAAGAAGCCGCUCCCGAAGAAACUCGGAUUUGAUAAAGCCGCUAAACCAAAGGCGGCAACGAAAGAUGCUAAACCUGUAAAAGAACCGAAGUCGAAAGUGAUGGUAAAGUCUUUCAACCGUUUUGCACAACCAAACGAAAAGCUUGCGAAGAAGUUAAAACUUAAAGAAAAGAAACAAAUUAUGGCAAGACACGGAGAUCAACAUUAUGACAGUGAGAAUGACGAAGAUCUCUCAGACUUUAUUGAAGAUGAUGAUUUAGACGAGUGUGAACAAGGCUCCAAAUCACAACCGUACGAUAGAGAUGAAAUUUGGUCUAUCUUCAACAAAGGUAGUAAAAGGAAAUACUUUGAUUCAGAUGAUGACGACGAUAUGGAAGCUAACGAAAUGGAGAUCUUUGAAGAAGAGGAAAGAGCUACAAAAAUGGCGAAGCUUGAAGAUAAGAGGGAGCAAGCUUGGUUAAAGGAACACGAAAAAAGGAAAAAGAAACUGAAGAAAAGCCAUUCAUAA